GUUCAGGUGUGAUGCCCGGUGCUGUGUCAGGGGUGGCCUUGUCAUUUUGCUCAGGGGUUGGACAGUGGGUUUGUUUGGACAGGGGUGAUCCUGCCUCAUGAAGGGGGUGGGCUAGGUGUGACCUCCGGAGGUCCCCUGCAGCCCCACUGCUCUCUGAUCCUGCAGAAAAACCCUUUCUUUUUCACUCCUUUUGAAGCAGGCCCUUGGUGAUGCUUUGCACUCAUAGGCCUUGCUGGACCCUGCUCUAAGCUGGCAGUAUGUGCCGGGUCGGAUCCAUCCAGCACACGUGCAAGACCCGUGGUCACCAGCACAUACGAGCAUUACCGAACAGCGAUGGUCUUCAGUGCGGUCCCAAAAGUCAGGAUGUGCUCAGGACCAGGACUCCUGGGAUCUCAGAGCAGCAGGAGGCUUGAGCAACCCAGUCCAGGCACUGUUUUGCAGCCUCUUCUCCCUGUGAUCUCAGCCCCUUGUAGCUGCCUCUCCUCUAGAAACUCCCAUUACACCCGUCCCAUUACACCCAUUACAUCUAUCUGUUUUGGAGGGGUGUCCUGUCUUUGUUGCUUUCAAGGGGAGGAACAGGGGUCCCAAAAACCCUUUGCAUUGUGCAAACCCUGAUGCAGCUGGGAUUUCCACUAAGCUCAACCUUUAUCCUCUGGGUUCUUCUCAAGGCCAGUCCAGUUCGUAUACAUACAGGGCUGGGAACCCCUAAAAAGCACAUCCUUGCCACAAAGUUCUUAGGCUACAAAUGCAAACUUGGACCUGGGACAAGCUGCCACUUGCUUUGUGGUAAGGAUGUGAGUGGCUAUAAUGUGUCCUCACUGAUACCAGUGCAAAAUGCAUGUGAAAUGCUGACUCUUGGCUUGAAGAUGGACUUCAGGAAAAGACCCUGAGCAUGUGGAUAUGCAAAACCUUUCCCCAAGCACCAAAGCAGCAGAAAUUGCGCUCACUGAGAAGGACCCUGAAACUAUACACAGUAGAGUCCAAGGAGGCUUCACUCUCUGGAAACCAGAGGGUGAAGCAGUCAAUGCAAAGGAAGGUAAGCAGGGACAAGAUGCAGAGAAACAAAAGGGUUAAGGGCUGGUUGCCUUUCAUCAGCAAACUCAAAGCUCACAAGGAUCUGUUUCCCCAGGGCUUUUAUCCUGGCUCCCUGCGCUUCCCCGCCCAGGAUUCAAUAUCCUCAUCUCCCAGCCCUGGUCAGUGUGCAUGCCUCGCUGCCUGCAGCUCCCUGCCAAGCAGAGAUCCCUCAUUCACAGCAGAAGCAGGAGCCUGGUGGGGAAAUCUACAUGAAACUGAAUAGACAUUGCCUCCUAUCAUGUUAGCUGCCAACGAUAGCACCUCCAGCCCUGCCUUCUUCACCCUGGUCGGCAUCCCGGGCUUGGAGGAUGCUCACAUCUGGAUCUCCAUCCCCUUCUGCUUGAUGUACAUCGUGGCCCUGCUGGGAAACUCUCUGCUGAUAUUCACCAUCAUCACAGAGCGAAGCCUCCACGAGCCCAUGUACGUGUUUCUCUCCAUGUUGGCUGCGGCUGAUCUGCUGUUGUCCACCACCACCGUGCCCAAGACUCUGAGCAUCUUCUGGUCCAUCUCCAAGCAGAUCUCUUUUCACGCCUGCCUCGCCCAGAUGUUCUGCAUCUAUUUUGUUUUCAUGGCGGAGUCGGCCAUCCUGCUGGCCAUGGCGUUCGAUCGCUAUGUCGCCAUCUGCAACCCCCUGAGAUACACGGUGAUCCUGACUCGCUCGGUCAUCGGGAAAAUAGGGGCAGCAGCUCUCGGUAGGAGCUUCUGUAUCAUGUUCCCUGUCAUCUUCCUCCUGAAGCGGCUGCCAUACUGUGGGCACAACGUCAUGCCUCACACCUACUGCGAGCACAUCGGAGUGGCCCAGCUGGCCUGUGCUGAUAUCACAGUCAAUAUCUGGUAUGGUGUGGCAGCGGCGUUUCUCUCGGCGGGAGUAGAUGCCAUCUUCAUUGCUUUCUCCUACGUCAGGAUCCUCCGGACACUCAUGCAUCUCCCGUCCAGAGGUGCCCAUACGAAGGCGCUGAACACCUGCGGCUCUCACAUCUGUGUGAUACUCAUGUUUUACACCCCCGCCUUCUUCUCCUUCCUGACCCACCGGUUCGGUCACCACGUCCCAAAGCACCUUCUCAUCUUACUGGCCAACCUCUAUGUCAUCGUCCCCCCCAUGUUGAACCCCAUCGUCUAUGGGGUGAAAACCAAGCAGAUUCGAGGGCACGUGGCCCAGAUACUCCUCCAGAUGUGGGCACGAUGCUGAAUGCAGCCCUAUGGGCUGGCACUGGGCAGAGGUGCUCCCCAGUGAGUGUUUGGCAAUGACCUGGGACUGACCCACCUUUCUUCACGAGUCACUGGGACAAAGACCUCAUGAAAGUGGGAACAAGAACUAUUGGGGUCCUGAUCCUGAUGUUUACAUUGGAGAAUCAGGACCUCCAUCCAGUGGGGGUAGUGGGGCUAAGACCCCAACCAAGUGAAGCUGGAGCUGGCUAAACAAAUUCACGAGAUGGUAGAACAUGGUUGCUUAUAAGAGCAGGGGUUGGACUUGGUGAUCCAGGAUGUCCCAUGGUUUUAGGAUACUUCACGCUGUCUUUAACCCAGCCACGAUGUCAGUACCUGCAUAUCACAGACCUUCUCUCAUCUCAGCUAGGUUUUCGAUGUACCUUGUAUCAUGUUCUAGCUUAUUGCUGUCUGUGAUAUGUAUAUAUAUAAUAUAUGCAUGCUUUAAAAAAAUGCACUGAGCUGUUCAUACAUUAAUAAUCCCAGAUAUCAUCCCCCACCUUCCCUGAGCCCUUCUGUGAGGACAGCUCUGCCACCUUUGUGAAACUCU